AACCAAAAGGCGAGAAGAAGAAGGUUGCACUUUGUCGGAACCCUACUUUCACAUACUUUUUUUUUUGUUCUUCCGCAAGGGAGGGAGGCGCCAACCCUUAAAUUGGAGAAGAGAUGGAGAGGUUGAUCAAGAGGGAUUUCGUAUCAACGAGGAAGAGGAAGACAACGAUAACUACUCGUACUACUAGGAGGGAAAAGAAGAAGAAGAAGCUAACGCCAAACUCGUCAUCAUCUCUUCCCGAUGAUUUGGUACUGAUGAUCGUGGCACGCGUUCCAAGAUCGUACUAUCGGACUCUGUCAUUAGUCUCCAAGAGCUUUCGAUCUAUGGUGGCUUCACCUGAGCUUUACAAGUUUAGGUCACUCUUGGGCCUCACGGAAAGUUGUCUCUAUGUGUGCUUGAGGAUCGGGUUCAGUUCUUAUAAAUGGUACACCCUCUCCUCCUCCAAGAGUAUUGGCGGCUAUGUUUUGGCUGGAGUCCCAAUUCCAGACGGUGGUGGUGGGGUGGGUCCGGGUUAUUCAGAUAUUGUGGCUGUUGGUUCUGAUAUCUACAAGAUUGGCGUAGCAGAUAAACCCUCUCUAUGGCGGUGGACCUCUGGGGUCUCGAUUCUUGAUUGCAAGUCACACACGUGGCGUAAGGCUCCAAGCAUGCCAGUGGAGCUAGAUGAACUUUCUGCCAGGUUCCUUGAUGGAAAGAUAUAUGUAAAAGGAUUCUUCUAUCAAGAUGGUUCCUGGAAGAGCUCGCUCCAGGUAUUCAACACUAAUACUCAAACUUGGGGUCUCCCUUGCUAUGGAUUGGAUUGUGACGGAAUCACUGGCGAGGCGUUUGCUUUCAAUUCAAAGCAAUGUAGAUGGGACCUGGUUGAACAAUAUCCAAAGAGGGGUCAUAAUAUAUUUUCAAAUUAUUACCGGGAGAUUGAUAAUCUUCGGUGCUCUGUUUCUAAAGACGGAGCUCUGACAUGGUUUGACACCGACGAGACAAGGUGGAGAGAUUUGAAGGGUUUGGUUGGGCUACCUAAGUUGCCUAGUCCUCUUGCUGGUCAUGGUUCUUAUGUUAAAUUGAAGGGUUAUAGUGGUGGAAAGAUGAUGGUUUUCUGGAAUAGCAAUUUAAGUACUCAUUUGUUUCAAAGUGACACCAUAUAUUGUGCGGAAAUAGCGCUUGAAAGACGCAAUGGAGAUUGUUGGGGCAAACUUGAGUGGUAUGAUAGUGUGCUUUCAGUCCCUAUGGGAACUAAGUUCAUUAAGGUUCUUGCUGUAACGCUUUGAAUGAUCAAUGUGUC